CCCCUGCCGCAGUUCGGCUCUGGGCUCUGUGGCGACGGCACCGCGGCGACCAUGUCUCUCAACACCGCCUUCCGCGUCUCCAUCAAGGUGAUGCAGCUGAUGCUGUGCUGCGUCUGCAUCGCGCUGGUGGUCUACACGAUCCCGGGCAACUUCUCAGAGUCAGUGCUGCAAUACAUCACGUACGGCGGCUACAUCAUCAUCGUCAUCGGUGCCAUCGUCGGCCUGGCCACCAGGGACCCCAUACCAAAGAAAGUGGAGCUGGUGUUCCUGCUGACGGCGGUGGUGCUGCAAGUGGCGGCGGGCAGCUGCUGCAUCCACCACGCGCGCCGCCGCACCUCGUGGCCGGCGCACUACUCCAACGGGCGCGACGUCAGCUACGCGUGCGGCUCGCUCGCCAUCAUCAACGCCGGCUUCUUCCUACUGGACGCCGUCCUCGCCGUCUUCGAGGACGAGGAGUACCGCGUCGCCUCGCAGCGCGGCUAGGCCGGUCCGCCGCACUCCGGAACUUGCUUCACUACUCUACCUUACGAAGCCAGGCAGCUUCUUGUCUCUUUGUCUCCUCUUUCCCAUGGCAAUGACUGCAUCAGACAUUUGCGCGUUCCUUGAAGACCAGGCGUACAUGUAAUCUGUAUCACAGUUGUGAACUGGGCCGGAAAUCGAAUGCGAGGAAACUUGUUGUUCGCGACAAAUCCGAGUUCUCUUCGUGGCACUUUCGAGACGUCAUAUUUACUUCGACAGAUCUUGCUUCGAUUUCCGAUCUGGUGUAGUAUAUAUUGUGCCAGCAACAAAAGAAAUUUCAAGGUGCUGAAGCUACCUCACUGAAUACUGCUGAGUAUUAAU